UUUCUAUAAAACCUGGUGUUGUCAUCUAAGAGACUUCACUCCUGCUACUUCCAAAGCGCUGAACGGAUCUAAAGGGACUACUCCAGUGUUUUUGUUUAUUUACUAUGAUGUCUCAUCAUUUGGGAACUUGCAACUGACUCUCCACUAUCUGAAAACGCAGGCAGUUUUGCUUUCUUUCUUUCAAUUGCUGGACUUUUUUUUUCCCUCCCUGCUUUUCAGUUUGUUUCCGUAGCAACAAAAUGCCAUCCAGGGAGUCCUAUGAGGAGAAGUCUCUUGUGCAAAAAGCCAAGCGGGAGGCCAAUCAGGAGGAUAUGUUGGCCGCAGCUCUGGGGAUGAGAGUGGGGCCACAGAAACCUCCGGCUACUUUCUGGCAGCCACUGAAACUGUUUGCCUAUUCACAACUCACAUCACUGGUCCGACGAGCUACGCUAAAGGAGAGCACACCCAGGGCAGAGAAGGUCCAUAACUUUAAGGUGCACACAUUUCGAGGGCCACACUGGUGCGAACACUGCGCUAACUUCAUGUGGGGACUCAUGGCGCAGGGAGUCAAAUGCUCAGAUUGCGGUUUGAAUGUCCAUAAACAGUGCGCUCCUCUGGUCCCCAACGACUGCAAACCCAGCCUGAGACACAUCCGUAAAGUCUACAGCUGUGACCUGACCACACUGGUGAACGCUUACAACACGGCCAGGCCCAUGGUGGUGGACAUGUGCAUCCGGGAGAUCGAGUCUAGAGGGCUGAAGUCUGAGGGGCUCUAUAGGAUAUCAGGAUUCAGUGAUUCGGUUGAAGAAGUCAAGACGUCAUUUGAUAAAGAUGGUGAGAAGACAGAUAUCUCAGCAAAAGCCUAUGAAGACAUCAACAUCAUCACAGGAGCACUCAAGAUGUACCUGAGGGAGCUCCCUGUCCCUGUCAUCUCAUACGACGCAUACCCCCGCUUCAUCGAGGCUGCAAAGCUCUCAGACCCAGAAAAGAAGCUGGAGGCGUUUCGAGAGGCCCUGGCUCUGCUUCCUGAAUCUCACACUGAAACGCUCAAGUACCUCAUGGCGCACUUAAAAAGGGUGACACAGAAUGAGAAAUUCAACCUGAUGAAUGCAGAGAACCUCGCCAUCGUCUUUGGGCCCACUCUGAUGCGAUCUCCAAACCAGGACGCCAUGACCGCACUCAAUGAUAUCCGCUACCAGAGACAAGUAGUGGAGGUGCUGAUCAAAAAUGAAGAUCUGCUUUUCUGAAUGCAGGACAGCUCGAGCUAACCACUAUAAUCUAUCUGUGUACAAACUUGAAUCACAGUUUGAAUGACACUUUUUAACCAACCCUCCUUUUUCUGGGUUUGAACCUUGUACUUAUACACUUAGUUUCCCCAUUUUUGUCGGGGAUGAUAGCAGCAUGCAGCGCGCACAGUCUUUUCUUCGGUUGCUUUGUAGCAUAGACUGUAUAUAUAAAUGGACAAGUGUUCAUGGAGGCACUUCCAGCUCCUUCGACUCUGUGUCCAGUUGAUUUUACAUUGAGAACCUGUCACCUCCCUCUCUGUAACUGCUGCAGUGAGCUUCAUCAUUUUGGUUUUAAAAUGUUCGUAUUAACCCACUCUGCAUGAUCCUGCUGUUUUUAUUUUGUUAUUUUGUCCGUAGAUGAAUUCCUAUUCAUGGAACUGGUUGCCAGCCUCAGUGAGCUUCAUUUGACUGGAGCCGAAUGCUAUGGGUCCACUUCUUUAUACAGUCUAUGCUUUGUAGUCCUACUCCAGCAUGUCUUCAGAUGGCGUGUAGCGCUCAAUUCAUUUCUCUUCUGUGGUAGUUCUCGUCCGAUGCUGUAAAAAUCCAAUAAGCUACUGAUUUUUGCACUGUACUUUUACAAUGCUGUAUUUUUGUACCUCUUGUACUGUUUUUAUGUAACUGUUUCUAGCUCUCUGCCUCUCUGUCAUUGUGUUCACACAGAUGCAUUUGCCUGACAUUUCUAAUGUGUUAUAUGCAACUCCAUACUUUUGUACAUUUAAUUUGGACUGUAUAUUUUGUAAACAUGUGCAUGAUCACUUUAAUUUAUUAAUUUAAACAUUGUUCUGAGAAAUGAAUCAUGAUGAACAUCAACAUUAAA